AUGGACAUCACAAUUACAUCAAAAGAAAUAAUAAAACCAUCAUUUCCCACACCAAAUGAACACAAACUCUUAAAACUAUGUCUCUUUGAUCAACUUCAAUUAGUAACAUAUUUACCAAUGGUUAUGUUUUACCCUAAAAAAGAAAGCCUAAUUGAAAUCUCCCAUUUUAUUACUCAAUUAAAAAAAUCACUUUCUGAAACACUAACAAUUUUCUACCCUAUAGCUGGAAGAAGAAAGAAUCACACUUUCAUCACAUGUAAUGAUGAAGGUGCUAUUUACUUGGAAGCCAAGGUAAACCAAACCAUGGUUGAGUUUCUCACCCCACCUAAGCUAGAAUUUCUAAACAAAUUGCUUCCAUGUGAGCCUAAUAAAAUGCAUCAAAAAAUUGGAGAAGAAGAAGAUUUACCACAAGUACUUGUUCAAGUUAACAUAUUCAAGUGUGGUGGAAUAGCUAUAGGUACUUGUAAUCUCCAUACCCUCCUAGACGGUUGUUCCGGCAGCCUCUUUCAAACUACAUGGGCGGCCAUUUGUCGUGGCCGCCCUAGCAACGAAUUGCCUCGUCCCGAUUUCUUUUCCGCUUCUUCCUUCUUUCCACCAAAUGAUAAUUUAAUUUUGCAUGAUCAUGUUGGUGAAAAUGAUAAUGAGGUAUUAGAUGUUCAAAAGAAAUGUAGCACAAGAAGAUUUGUGUUUGGUUUAGAAUCGAUCAACGCUCUACGAGAUAAAGCGAAAGACGACGAUUAUAAUGAUAAUGAUAAUGAAAGAUCUAAGUUUCCUACAAGAUAUGAAGUAUUAGCUGCUUUUAUUUGGAAACAUAUGACACUUGCAUGUAAAAAGGAGGGAGGUGUAGAUAGCAAAAGACCAGCAUUGGCUAUACAUAUUGUGGACAUGAGGAGAAGGAUGGGCGAGCCAUUUUCUAAAUACACUAUAGGCAACAUUUUGUGGCCAGUGAUGGUGUUUUGUGAAGAAGUUAAUGAAGAAAUUGAUAUAAAAUAUUUGGUUAGAAUUUGUAAAGAGAAAUUUGGGAAGGUUUCAAGGGAAUUGUUUUUAAGAGUGAAGAAUGAUACAAGUAUGUUAGGGAGCAAUGAAUGUGUGGAUUUGCCACAAGGUGUUGAGACAAAGUGUCCAAUUCCAGUGGUUUUGACAAGUUGGUGUGGUUUGAAUUUCAGUGAGCUUGAUUUUGGUUGGGGGAAGCCUUAUUGGGUUGGUGUUAGAGGUGGUGAUCAAGAAACACUUCCUAAUGUAGCUGUUAUUAUGGAAACAGAUGAAGGAAUGGAAGCUUGGUUGACAAUGGAAAUGGAACAUAUAGAUAACUUGGAAAAUGAUAUGGAGUUUCUUAAAUUAGCUUUGUCUAAUCCUAGUGUUUCAAACAUAUAG